GCCAUAAUCCUGAAAGGCUUAAAACCCUGAACAAACAAGUCACCUUCUCUUCGUCACCGUGCGUGAGUUCUCCGACGCCGUGAAUUCUUGGCUUUCCGACCAAUAGUUUAUCUCCGGCAAAGGAUGUUAUGUUAGUUUUAGGCUAUGCCAAAGGAAUCGCUCAUCGAUUUCUCAGAAAUCCCAAAUGGAACUGUGGACUCGUCUUGCUUCACAAUCAGUUCUCUAAUUACUCCAUUUAUGUAAAGUCAAGACCUUUUCUACAAGUUCCAUAUGAAUCAGCUUCUUUUGACCUUUUACGAUCUCAGAAGCAGACUCUGCUUGCGUAUGAUGCUUUGUUUAACAGACGUUGCAUAAGUAAUUCAACUAUAGAGCUAAGAACAGAUGAUAAUGUUGUGAGGUUUGCUUUCAACAAUGCCACUGGUAACAAUGUUGUGCCUACAAGGAAAGAAAAGAAAUGGAAAAGGGCUAAACUGUCAAGAAAGGCUAAAGUGAAUGAGUUGAGGUUUUAUCGUCUUAAGGCGAAAAAGAAGAUGAAUUCUCCAAACCCUGAAGUUAGGAUUCGUUACAAGCUUGAAAAGGCCAAGAGGAAAGAAGAAUGGUUGAUUGAGAAACUGAGGAAAUACGAUGUCCCGAAAUCACCAGCGGACCCCUAUGAUCCAGAAAUUUUGACAGAGGAAGAGCAGCAUUACCUAAAACGUACAGGUGAGAAGAGAAAGAACUUUGUACUUGUCGGGAGACGAGGAGUGUUUGGAGGUGUGGUUCUGAAUCUGCACCUCCACUGGAAAAAGCAUGAGACUGUUAAAGUUAUUUGCAAGCCCUGCAACAAACCCGGGCAGGUUCAUGAGUAUGCAGCAGAGCUUGCUCGGUUGAGCAAGGGCAUUGUGAUUGAUGUCAAACCUAACAACUCCAUAGUAUUGUACCGUGGCAAAAACUAUGUGAGGCCAGAGGUUAUGUCUCCCAUUGAUACCCUCUCGAAAGAUAAGGCUUUGGAGAAAUAUCGGUAUGAGCAAUCGCUUGAACAUACGAGUGAGUUCAUAGAGAAGCUGGAGAAAGAGCUUGAGGAGUACCAGAAGUAUGUUACUCGGCACAAGAAGAAGAAUGAAGAAACAGAAAAGAACAAAGCAGAAUAGAGAAGUCGAUUGAAGACCUAAGCAACGUUGGAUAAUCGUAAACGCUAAAGUUGAAACCGAUGCUCUGUGCUUGCGUACCUCAACAACCCGUGAGUAUAAUUCUUGUUGGUGUGUUUGGGAAACUGAGGCUUGGGGCAGUUAGAGAGAAUGCUUUCAGAAAGUCAGCUGAAGAAUGUAUUUACGAGCUUUUCAAGUCUUCAUGGAUCAUUAACUGAGAAGCUCUGACACAUAACUCAACACUGUAUCUAUCUCUUUGUCAUCACCUGUUCUGUUUAUUUCUGUUUUCUCUCUUUUUGUAGCCACUUUAAUCGAAGAAACUUCACUUACAUAUAUUAUUGGAUAACCAAAUUGUUUA